AGGGAAACGGAGAUAAAAGCAAACGAAGGUGUGUGGCGUAACUUGAAGACGCGCUUCUUAAACGGGGUUUUCGAGCGACUUAAAGAAGAUUCUUUUUUAUUUUAUUUUUAACGGCGUUGUUUGACGAUAGUCAGUCACGAAGAGAGACAAGGUGUUGUUGCUGGGGGAGGCGAUACGACCGGUUUUACGGGAGAGAGAGAGAGAUUACAGUUACAGAGCAAGGAUUGGUGAUUUCGUUGCGUUACGAUUCAGAUCUCGCGAUCGUUACAUGCAUUAGAGGAGAGCAGAGAGAAAACGUGGAGAGCGGAUUCCAAGGCUUGCGGCUUUCUACAAUUCAAUUCGCAUUAUUCUGGACUGUUGCUGCUCAGCUUCGUUGAUCGGAGAUACAAGACUGAAGAGUGUGUGUGUGGUGAUUGAGUUGAGAGAAGCUUUAAUCACCUUUGGAUUUUGAUUUUGACUUUGCGGCGGCGGCGGCGGCUGGUUGAAAGCUGGAGAUUAUGGCGAAUCGCGGAGGUGACGGAGGCGGAGAACAUUUGUACGACGAGUUAUGGAAACUAUGCGCGGGGCCUCUGGUUGAUGUUCCUCAAGCUGAGGAAAGAGUGUUUUAUUUCCCUCAAGGGCACAUGGAACAACUGGAAGCGUCGACGCAACAGGACUUAUUUACGAUGAAGCCGCUUUUCGAUCUUCCUCCAAAGAUUCUCUGCAGAGUUAUGAACGUCAGUCUUCAGGCGGAGAAAGACACGGACGAGGUCUAUGCUCAGAUUACUUUGAUGCCUGAAGGAACUCAAGUUGAUGAACCUAUGAGUCCUGAUCCUUCUCCUCCGGAGUUGCAAAGGCCAAAAGUUCACUCUUUCAGUAAGGUUUUGACAGCGUCUGAUACAAGCACGCAUGGUGGAUUCUCUGUUCUAAGGAAACAUGCGACUGAAUGCCUUCCUCCGCUGGUAUUACCACACCCUGUGAAGAAUUUUUGCUUAGUUUCCUACCAAAUGGCUUUCACAUUUGACUUAGAUUUCAGCCUUCAAGAUGAAUUUCAUUUUGCUGUCAUCCUUCAGGAUAUGACCCAGCAAACCCCGACCCAGGAGUUAGUAGCUGAAGAUGUGCACGGUUAUCAGUGGAAAUUCAAGCAUAUUUUUAGAGGCCAACCACGGAGGCAUCUUUUGACGACAGGGUGGAGCACUUUUGUUACAUCAAAGAGAUUGGUUGCUGGGGACACCUUUGUAUUCCUGAGAGGGGAGAACGGAGAGUUGCGCGUUGGAGUCAGACGUGCUAAUCGUCAACAGAGCAGUAUGCCUUCAUCCGUCAUAUCAAGUCAUAGCAUGCAUCUGGGAGUGCUUGCUACCGCAUGCCAUGCUACUCAAACCCGAACUAUGUUCACAGUAUACUAUAAACCAAGGACUAGCCAAUUCAUCAUAAGCUUGAACAAAUAUCUGGAAGCCAUGAACAAUAAGUUCUCUGUAGGGAUGAGAUUUAAGAUGCGGUUUGAAGGAGAGGAUUCCCCUGAAAGAAGAUUUUCUGGCACGGUUGUUGGCGGCAAAGAUUGCUCUCCUCACUGGAAAGACUCAAAAUGGCGAUGCCUAGAAGUUCAGUGGGAUGAGCCAGCAUCGAUUUCAAGACCCGAUAAGGUUUCACCAUGGGAAAUCGAGCCGUUUGUAACUUCAGAGAAUGUUCCCCAGUCAGUUGUGCUAAAGAACAAAAGGCCCCGUCAAGUCAGUGAAGUAGUAGUAUCUGCACUUGGCACAACGGCUUCAAAUCCUUGGAGUUCUGUAUUGACGCAAUCUCAUGAGUUUGCACAAUCGUGCAUCACCUCGCAGAGGAAUCCUCCUCAGCAAUACUAUCGUGUUGCGAUUGAGGAUGUUAAGAAUUCUGAUUGGCCAAUUAGCCCUUACGCUGUGUCCAGUGUGUCAAAGGACUCAACGCUGAAUGACCAAAUGGUGUUCCCAGUCGAGCAGAAGAAACCCGAGACAACCUCUAGUUAUAGAUUAUUCGGAAUCGAUCUGAUGAGUUCCUCUCCCGAGGAGAAACCUGUACCUAUGCGACCAAUCAACAUAACCAAACCGACCCUGGAGACCAACUCAGACCCAAAAUCCGAGAUUUCAAAAGAAUCAGAAGAGAAAAAGCAGGAACCUGCGCAGGCAUCACCGAAAGAGGUACAAAGCAAGCAAAGCAGCUCUACAAGAAGCCGCACCAAGGUGCAAAUGCAAGGCGUACCCGUGGGCAGGGCUGUGGAUUUAACAGUACUAAGUGGGUACAGUGAGCUUAUAGACGACCUAGAGAAGCUGUUUGACAUGAAAGACGAACUUCGGAGUCGCAGUCAAUGGGAAAUAGUGUUCACGGACGAUGAGGGAGAUAUGAUGCUUGUCGGUGAUGACCCAUGGCCUGAGUUCUGCAGCAUGGUGAAGAGAAUAUUCAUAUGGUCGAAAGAGGAAGUGAAGAAAAUGACGCCGGGGAACCAUCUCCGGAUGCUGUUUACGGAAGUUGAAACAACAUUAACAACAACAAACUCCAAAACAGAUAACCACUCCAACUAAUUAUCACUCUCUGUCACCUUCUUAUCUGAUUUGUCUUUCGGGAGUUGUCUUGUUCUGUGUCUUUUCGGGAGUUGUCUCGAGGGAAGAUCAGAAAUGGCUUAAACAUGAAUCCCUGUCUUCUUGUCACAAGAAAGGUGUAAGGCUUAAAAAAAUGGCUCGUUUUUUUUUGGGAGCUUCUUGUGGAGAACAAAGGUUUUAUGUAUGGGGAGAGAGUUUUCUGUUUUCAAGUUAGAUUCUGUAAGUUUUUAUUGUUUGCUUAUUAGAAAUUUGUGUGUAAGAGAUAUGAAGAUGUAACGAACAUAAAAGGAGAAAAUAAGAUUGUGAAUAGAGUAAUUUAAAUCAUCAAACUAAUAACAGUGAACUUUAUUAAAAAUAUCAAAAUUUUC